CCACAUCCUCCGAUCCCCUCACCGACUGUGUCGGCAGCCUUUCAUUUGCUUGCUUUACUUGACAUCUUCCAGUCCAAUUAAGCACUUUUCUAGCCCAACGCCACAUUUACAUUUCAAAAUAUGAAGUUCACGACCGCACUCGUUCCCCUCGCUGCUAUCUUUGUUGCUUCCGUCACGUCGGUCCCUGUCAGGAGAGAAGUAGACCCAAACCUUGUUCCUGACCUCGGCUUCCAAGCUGGAGUGAACCCCACUGGUACUGGAGACUGUGACGGUGCCGUCAACGGAGCUGACGGCAGGCCCAUAAAAAUCCCCUGCGCGUGCCCUCCAGACCGCAACACUUUCUUGCAGGCGCUGAACACCAACGUCGCUGCCGGACAUGCCGUCAACAAUCCCCCUAUCGCCGUCACGUUCCCUACGGAUAAUUCUAAAGCCUCAAAGAGCGCACGCAUCACCGCUGCUCUUAUUACACUGCAGAAUCUCCACGGCCCCGGCCAAGGUUGUCCUGCCGUAUCAACGACCCUCCUGGCCCAGCAAGCCGCCGUGAACGCCGCGCCCGCAAAGCGUGCAAGUGCUGCAGAUAUCUCACGACUGGCACCUGAUCUCGGCUUUCACUCCGGUGUGAACCCUACAGGUACGGGGGAUUGCGAUGGCGCAGUGAAGGGCGCCAAUGGCCAGCCCAUCAAGAUCCCUUGCGCGUGUCCGCCCGAUCGUGCGACCUUCCUUCAGCACCUGACAGCUGAUGUCAAUGCCGGACACGCCGUCAACAAUCCUUCAAUAGCAGUCAGCUUCCCCACUGACAACUCUGUUCCUUCCAAACUCGCUCGCAUCAACACCGCUCUCAUCACGUUGCAGAAUUUGAACGGGCCAGGGAAGGGCUGUCCUGCUGUUUCUACCACACUUCAGGCGCAGCAAAAAGCUCUCCAGGGUUGAUCACAGACUGCGAGACCGUCUGCACUUACAUGUUUUGUUGCAAUCAAAUUAAUUGCACGUAUGUCAGACC